GCCUCCUUGGUCUCCAUGCUGGUCAUUCGACUCCUGAAGAAAGUCAAUAGCUUACACCAGGACAUUGGCACCCACCAGGAUGGACUUCCAGAUAAUGUGCUGGAUAUGUCCAGAGACUUGAUUCGGAAGAUUCUGUCUGAGCUCGAUACAGCUUUUGGCAUGACAGGCGAUGAAACCUAUCCUAAGGAUGUGAAUUUUCACCAGAUUUACAGAAACGUUUACAAAGAACUUACUCGACAGUUUGGGUCUGAAGAUGUGCUCCGUUUUGCCCUUGAAUCACAAGAUCAAUCUUUUGAAUCAUCACUGGUAGAAACGCUAACAAAAGAGAUAACAAAGACUUGUAGCCAAACCAGCAUACCAGCUUCUACACAUCUCCCUCCAAUUCAACCUACAGUGGGACAAGAUCAAGGAAAGGAAAAGACCAGGAACAAAAUGUUUCCAGUUUGGCUCAAGAUGCCAACAAUCAAAUUGAAGAAACCAAAGAGAGGAUCACAGAGUCUCCUUGUAAGCCAGGCCUCUCCUGUUGCAAACACUAAGCUCAGUGAGACGCUGGCUGAGGUCACCAAGGCUCCUGUAUCUGCUGGCCCACUGGAGAUGCCACAGGAGGAAGAGACUGUAGGGUGCUGUUUCUUCAGGAUGCCGAAAUUUAGGUUCUCCUUCAAGAAAAUGAGGAAAGGUGCUAAAAUUGGGCAUUGUGACGAUGAUAAGUCCUUUGAAGAGAACAUCAAUGUCUCAGCCUGUGCAACAUCUUGUCAGACUCGGCUCAAUGAGGCUACUGUUGAACUGACUGCUUCUGAGAGCCAAACUAAACUGGAAGAGACUGCAUCUAGGCUGACCAACACAUCUACUCCAGAGAUGGGACUGUCUCACCUAGCUGUUUAAGUCACCUACACAACUAAAUGAUCCUUUGGAUCAUCGGAUCCUCUAAGAACUCUUCGGUCCUUUCAACUACAUUUUUUUGAACCCCAAUCUGGCUAUUUUAAUUAAACUUAUUAUUGGAUGCAUAUUGGUGUAACUUUGCCAUUUGUUGGGUACUAUGAGGAUGACUACAUACAGUGGCGCUUGAAAGUUUUUUUUAAUCUGUUGGAGGUUCUUGAAAGUUCUUGAACAACAGCUUUUAAUGGAUUUUAAUCUCAUAUUAAAAUAUCAAACAUAUGAAUCUAACUGUGCUUAAUUGUAAGAUAUGUCACAGGCUUGAAGCUGAAAGGUUAGCUUUGCAUUGUGUUUUGAUGAGACCACCAUUUUAUACUACAUGGAUUGAAAAUAAAUAAAGGAGCUCAACUUUUUUGAUG